AUGACGACGACCGGCGGAACUAGAUUCCUCCCUCUGGCCUUGCUCCUCCUCGCGCUCUCGAGUCAAUUAACAGCGCACGCUAGAGUCCAACCCGCGCCGAAGGAGACCCUGGCGGAGAAAGCCGCGCGGUUGCGCGCAGCAGCGGACAAGGCAGCGUCCGCUUUGGACGCCGCGCAGUCCGCCGUGGCCGCGCGGCUUGAGGCGGAGCAGGCGGCGGCCGCGGAGGUCGAUGCAGCGCAAUUGGCGGCGCAAGACGCGGCCGUGGCCCCCGCGGCGCAGAGGGCGGCGAAAGAGCAGAAGAAAGCUGCGGAACUUCAAAAGAACGUUCAAUCCGCGUCGAAGGAGGAGAGCAAGGCGUCUGCUGCGCUGACUAAGGCGCAAAGCACCCUUGCCAGCGCCACGCUGACUCCGAAGGAGAAGGCGACGCUCGACGCGGCAAACGCGGCGGACGCUGCGGCGUCGCAGGCGGAAGCCGACGCGAGGGCGGCGGAUGCGGAGACAAAAGCGGCGGAGCAGGGCGUGAAGACGGCCGCGGAGAAGGUCACCCGCGCAAAGAACAAGCGCGCCAAGGCGCAAUCUCUCCGCGUAACCGCGGAAAAGGUGGCGGAGAAGGCUUCCGCGGAGGCACAGGCAGCGGAGGAACUGGCGUUGGCGGCGGAGCAAGAGUGGGAGGCUUCGCAGACGCCCGCGCAGGGAUCAGACCCCGCGCCUGGUUCGGACCCCGCGCCCGGUUCGGACCCUUCUCCCCCUGGCGACGGUGGCGACGGCGACGGUUGCGGCGGUGGCGGCGGUCCCCACGGGGGGGAUGAUGAUGGUGACGAGGACGAGCACGAGGGGGACCACGGGCACGGACAUGGCGGACCGGGGGAUAACGGCGGGAACGGAUGGGGCAACGACGGGCGCGGGGAUAAGGGCCAAGGGCAGAACGGGCACGGGAACGGGUAUGGGAAGGGUGGGAGGUACGGAAAGGACUCUCUUGGGCUGCAAUCCGUGCAACCUGGGCAGGCGGCAGCGGGUGUAACGCCCUCCCUUAGCGCGGCCGUCCAGGCGACUCAGCAGCCGCAGGCCGCGGGGAGCCACUCCCUACUGAGCUGGCUCAUCGACUCGGCAGAAGCGUACGGUCGCUACAGAGCUCGUAAAGCCGAGACGCCCCUACAGAAAGCCGUGCGGCUUCGCGCGAUCGCCGACCAGAAGGCGGCGCAGCUCGACGCGGCGGAGCAAAUCGCGUCGCUGCUGCAGCAGCAGGAGGCCGACGCGCAGGAGAAUAUCGACGCGGCGAAGACCGAUGCGCAGGCGAUGGCGGCAUCGUGGGCGCAGGCGCGAACCGCGCUCGACAGCGCCAGGGCGGUCGCGGUGAGCGCGCGCAAGGCGGCUAUAGCCGCGCGGAAGACUGCGCCUGCGGCGUCGAAGAAACGGUACGAGGGGUACUCCAAGGCGCAGGCGGCUGUAGCGGAGGCGGAGCGGAAAUACAACGAGGCGAAGCAGAAGCGCGAGCAGGCGGACGCCGCGUAUGCCGCCCAGCAAGAUAUUUUGAAUCAGCUACAGCCGUCAAGCUACGGUAUGCAGGCGGGAUAUGCGCAGGCUUAUGGCGGCUCGCCGUCGUAUGCUAAGGAGCAGAAGAAGGCGAAAGAACUGAAGAAGAAAGCCGACGAAGCGGCGAAGGAGGAAUCGAAAGCGGCGGCGAAAUUGGCGGCGGCAAGGGCGGCGGCGGCGGCGCCGAGCGCGACGCCGACGCCGGACGAGCAAGCGCAAUUCGAGUCAAUUCAGGCGUCGGAGGCGCUGGUGGUGCAGGCCGAGGCGCAGGUGAAAACAGCAGAGCUGGAGUUCAAGGCGGCGAGUCAGAGCAUGAAAAGAGCCGCGGCGCAGGUGAGCGCGGCGAAAGAGCAGCUCAAGGCGGUAACCAAGAAGCGCGAAGCCGCGGAUAAGCGCGUAGAGCGGCUGGCGGCGGAGGCGCAGAAGGCGGACGAAGACGCAAUGGCGGCGGAGCAGGAGGCGGGGAUAAGCGCGCCCGGGUCGGAGGAAUCGCCGGGGGACGACGAUAAUGAGGAUGACGAUAACGAGGAUGAGAACGAGGAUGGGGAUUCGGAGGACGGUGAGCAUGCGGGGGCGAACGAGUGGACAGGGCAGAACUCCGCAGGUGCCACUGCGUCGCCGAACAGGGUGGGCCAGCCGUUGAUGGUGCGGGAUGUGCCCGUGCAAACAGCGAGUCUGCCUGUAACGAGUACUGCUGCCGCCCAGAUGCCACAAGCAGGACCGGAGCCCACGCGACCCACGGCGCCAAGCUACAUGUUCUAG